GACUAUAAACUCGUCGUCAUGUCACAUUUCCGAAAUUAAAGACUGCACGCUAAUACCAUGGCCCCUAUCAGCAUUCUGGAAAGAGAUCGUUUUUCCACACUUCCCCAAGAACUUUCUAUUCAGAUUAUCAAGUUCUUAAGCUGCUCAGAUGUAGGGAGACUAGCCCAGACAAGUCGUCAUUUCUCGGUUGUAACUCGUGAUGAAUACUUAUGGAAUUUGAUGACUGCAUGGCGAUUCGGGAAGGACGCUCUGUCUGCUCAAGGACCCAUACACAGCCCUAAGGAGUUGUACCAAACGCUAAGCGCAGAUGGACUUAGCCUACGAGCGGACAAGCUAAGCAUAGUUUGGAAUGACGGGCGAUACUGGCAAAUGGAAGAGGAUCUUUCAAGCCAGUCUGGGUUGGUUGCGACUUUGCGCUCCGUAUGUUGGUUUGAUGUACGCGGUCAGAUUAACGGUGUCCCGAGAGGAAAGUACAUCCCAAUCUGGAGAAUCAAACUUGUCGGACGGGGCCCACAUACCCUGUCUGGUGUAACCUUCAAAGCAUCAACAAUUUCUGAAGAAGCUGCGGCCCACGACUCAACUGCAUCCACCCGUAUAUUAGGCAAUUUUCCAGACGACCCCAGUUACAGUCUACCCACAUUUGUUCCGGGCGAGGCAAGUCGCCCGUUGCGUCCAACAGAUUGGACCGACUUCGUGCUGCCGGAGCUUAGUGUAGGGGACUGGGAAGGCGCACCGCCAUAUUUAAAAGUCGAGGUUGAGGCCAUCGAUCAUGCGGAUACGUGGAAGUUCGGCUUAAAAAUUGAUGGUGUGCGAUUGGUCAGAGUGGGGGAGGAGGAGAGAAUUGCCCAAGAAAGUCAACCGAAUGAAGGAUCUGCGGACGAGGAAGGAGUGGUCCCAUUGCUGUUGAGGGGACUGAGAACCGGUGUGGCCCAGGUCGGUGGCGUUAUGAGAGAUGCAUUGGGACUGAUUUAGGAAUAUGGUACAGAGCAUUAGAAUUGCAGACGUAGUGAUUGGAAUGUAAAAAGUUGCGCUUGAGAAACAUUGGAAAACGCAUCCGGAAUAUGCUGAUUGAAAAUGCAGAUUUAAGACAGUAACAAUGGAAAAAUCUGAAAGAGUCCUCGAUCCAAGCCAGCCAUUGUACCCAUUCUAGAAGAUAGAUCUUCAGUGCCUCCCACCU